UUUUAAUGGAAAUGCCCUAUAAAAAACUUUUAUUAUUGUCAUUUAUUUUCUCUAUUGUUUAAAAUGCGCAUGUGCAUAGCGUGACACUGUAUUCUAUAUUCUCUUGAUCACCGAUUGAGAUAUAAGUUAAGUGGUAUGACAGAGAAUGAAUAGCUUGGAUAUCAUUCCUAAAGCAAUAGUCAAACUAUAUUAAACAAGUUAAAUAUGUAAAUAUUUUUUUUUAAAGAAAACAAGUUUUAAUUAAUUUUUUUUCACUUGAUUUUCCAGAUAAAUAAUUUGUAAGUUGUUUUUAUUUUUGUGUUUUUUGCACAAAAAAAAAAAAAAUUAAUGCGCGCACCAUUUUCACCAAGUGUCAGUGGCGGGAAACAGAGCUAUACUUGAACUUGAAUUUUCGUUGCCAAAGGAAGGAAGUGAUUUUGUUUAUUAUUCUUUUUUCAAAGAAUGAGAUAUAUUGCUGCUCUUGACGUUGGCACAACUACUGUGCGUUUUCAUCUUUUGGACGAAAAUGCUGUUACCAUCGCUUCUUCUGCUGAAAAGGUAGCACUUUUGUAUCCCAAGCCUGGAUACGUUGAAAUUGAUCCCGAUGACUUAUGGAAUAUUAUAUGCGAAGUAAUUAAAAAAACAAUUCAAGAGAGUGGAAUCGAUCCAAAAUCGAUAUCCUGUAUCGGAAUAUCAACUCAACGUAGUACAUUUGUUACUUGGAAUUUAGAAACUGGAAAUCACUAUCACAAUUUUAUAACAUGGAAAGAUUUGAGAGCAGAUUCAAUGGUAAAGGAAUGGAACUCAUCUCUAACUUUAAAAGCUCUUCGAACGGGAGCAAAUAUUCUUUAUACUUUUUCCAGAAAUAAAAGAUUUUUAGCUGGCAGUGUUUUGAAGCUAAUGAAUACUCAGACAACUUUGAGAUUAUUAUGGGCUCUUCAAAAUGUACCAGGUCUUCAAGAAGCUGCAAGUAAAGGGACAGCGGUCUAUGGAGGUGUUGAUAGUUGGCUUCUAUAUAAAUUCACUGGAAAACAUGUAACUGAUGUCUCGAGUGCGUCAGCAACUGGAUUAUUCGAUCCCUUUACUAUGAAAUGGGCCGAUUGGGGUUUAAAUAUUUUUAAAUUACCUCGAACAUUGUUUCCAGAAGUAUUAGACUCUUCAGGAAAUUUUGGUCACGUAUCGGAAAAGUUAUUUGGUGCUGAAAUUCCCAUUUUUUGCUCAAUGGCUGAUCAAGCUGCGUCUUUAUUUGGAUCAGGAUGCUUUAAACCGGGAGAUUUAAAAGUGACAAUGGGAACGGGUUCUUUUAUGAAUGUUAAUACUGGCAAAGAACCUCAUGCCUCAAUAACUGGUCUGUACCCAUUGGUUGGAUGGCGAAUAGGUUCUGAAUUAAUUUAUGUCGCUGAGGGAGCUUCUAAUGAUACUGGAUCAAUAAUCGAAUGGGCACAAUUUUUAGGUAUUAUCAAUAAACCUUCGGAAACCUCUGAUUUGGCAAAUUCAGUUGACGAUUCAGAUGGUGUUUAUUUUGUUCCCGCUUUCAGUGGUUUACAGGCACCGAUCAAUGAUCAAUUAGCAGCAACAGGAUUUUUAGGAUUGAAACCAACUUCUGGAAAAUCACAUCUGAUACGUUCUUUACUUGAAAGUAUUGUUUUUAGAAUAGUUAUUUUAUAUGAUACAAUGGUUUCUGAAACACAAUUUACCUACCAAAGAAUAAGGAUCGACGGUGGUGUAUCUCAAAAUGAUUUUGUAAUGCAACUGCUGGCUGAUUUAACCGGUUUAGACAUCGAAAGGUCCAGAGACACUGAAAUGUCAAUUUUUGGAGUUGCUCUCGUCGCAGGAUUACAAGCCGGAAUUUGGAAAACGAAAGAGGAUUUACUGCAUUUGCGAAAAGUCGAUAUUUUCAAACCAAAUAAUGAAAGAUAUUUAAUAUAUCAAACAAUUUUUAGAAAUUGGAAAAAGGCUGUUGAUAGAUUUAGAAAUUGGUAUUAAAAAAAAAUUUAUUUUUUUUAGAAUACAAGAUAACAUUUAUUUUUAUAUUAAAAUUCUCAUUAAAAAUAAAUCUUUCAAAUGCCAAAAAGGUUUAUAAAACUAUUUUUAAAAAAAUUUAUAAUUUUUUAAAUUAUAUAAAUAAAUUAAAUUUAUAAACUUCUUUUUUAAAGAUAAAAUAAAAAUAAUACAAUAGAA